AUGGCAUCUCCCUCGACAACGUGGUCUAUCACACUGCUGACAGAAUUGCCGAACCCCAUUCCCACAACUGGGUUUCACGGAUUUGCCUCCGAUGAUUUCGUUUGCCAGCCUAGCGCCUCAAAAAACGGGACACCGAACAAUCCAUCAAGUUCGCUCAAUACCUCAGUAGUGCCGCGACCCUUGACAUCAGAAACCAGCAGAACCUCCUCGACUGCGCCACCUAGUGAUCCGGCGCCCAACACUUCCAGCACAGGUAUUGGGAGCGGUGCAAUCGCUGGCAUAGCAAUCGGCGGUGUUCUCAUCCUCGCUCUGAUAAUAGGUGGCUGGUACUUCUGGCGCCGCAAGAAGCGGAGUGCGCAACAACCUAUAUCCACUCUUACCGACGAUGAGCUAGCAAGAAGAGAAGGUGAUGGUGACAAGAUCGUCCUUGGACCGCACCAGGCUGCUCCAACAACCGGCGCAUAUCAAACACAAUACCAAGAGAUGUCUGGCAACGGCCUCGCUCAAGAACUCGAUCGCUCACACUCGUACAAACACGCGAUAGGCGGAGCGCAUGAGCUCAAGGCUGACGACCGACCGGGAGAACUACCAUUCGCUGGGAUAGAGGAACACGGGUCAACGAAUGACCUUGGCGUGGCUGACGGAGGAGGAUCCGAAGUGACCCAAGUGCCGCAAACGACUCAUACUGCCACGCAGGCACCGCAGGUUUCUCCACACGUGGAAGCUCAGAGACGCAGGAAAGUAGAAUGGUUAGAGGCAGAAGAGAUGAGAAUGAGACAGCGACGGGAAGCGCUUUUACAACAGAGUGGUGGAAAGACUGAACAGUAG